CUCCGUCAUAGAAUUCCUCCGUCAAACUUUCCCACACCGUGUGACCUUAUAGAAUUCCUAUCUCUCAAACUCUAUAAAUUCCUCCGUCAUAUCCUUUCUUUCCUUUUGCAGUUCAUUUCCUUCCGGCUUUGUACGCGCCUAGUAAGCUUUUCAUCUCCGCCUCAAAAACAUGUCUGCCGUGUGCGGCAAGAGAAGCUUCUUCGUGGAUCCGUUGCCCCCUCUGAGCAAGAAAAGAAUCCGCUGUUCUUCUGCGGCCGGUUCAUUCUCAGUUUCAUCGCCAUCGCCUCUUAGUUAUUUAAUUGGUUGCUUCCCUAACAUGGACAAAGAGUUGCUAGAAAAGGCACUUCAUGAAUGUGGACAUGAUCUUGAUUCGACUAUUAAGAGCCUCAAUGAACUCUUUUUGGGAUCUGGUGAGAAUAUUACCUCGGCUACAGGAAAGCCUGAUGCUACCCUGGAGGCUAGCUCACAUGUUUUAAAUCAAGGCUCAACAGGUAGUGGGGAUGUUUCACCUCAUGAGCAACCCUCAGCAAAUAAUCAACCCCCUGUUAAUAGGGAAGAAUUUGUUGACAUUUUUGUCAGAGAAAUGAUGGUUGCAUCUGAUAUAGAAGAUGCUAAAGCCCGCGCUUCAAGGGCCCUCGAGGUUUUUGAGAAGUCCAUUUGUUCACAUGCUUCAGAAGCGGCCACUCGAGGUUUCCAGCAGGAGAACACGGUGUUGAGACAACAGCUUGAAACUCUACUACAUGAGAAUAGUAUUCUGAAACGAGCGGUUUCCAUACAGCAUGAUCGCCAGAAAGAAUACGAUGAAAGAGGCAGAGAAGUUAACCAUUUAAAGCAGCUCUUAGCUCAAUACCAAGAACAGCUAAAAACUCUUAAGGUUAACAACUACGCACUUGCAAUGCAUCUCAAGCAGGCACAACAAAGUAACUCCAUCCCGGGACGUUUCAACCCUGAUAUCUUUUAGUAUGGCUUGACGCCCGUUUGUCCAUCAGAAGCAGCGUAUACCAAUUGUGUAUUUUCUUAAAUGAUAUAUUGAUAUAAUUUAGACUUAGUUAAUCAAUAUAUUGAAAUAUAUUAUUGUGUGCCAAUACUGAACUCAAUACGAUUGCUUGUGCUUUGCCUUUUAGUGGAUUUUUGUUUUUGCUCAAUGCAAACAAUUUCUUACUAAUUAGCAACUGUAAACACUACACUACUUUUUUGGUUUUUAAUGUAGCUCCUUUCUCAUAUUAGUUGUUAGUUUUGACUUUUGAGGGAGGAAGUUAGUGGCAG